GAAUCGAUUCAUCAUUUCUCGCAUUACUGACCUCCAAUAACGCAUUCUCGACACCUACUCACUGCCUCUGUUCUACAAGGAAACCUUGAACUCUAAAUCUCUCGAUCUAUUCAUUGUUAUGGCUAACCGAUAGCCCGUCGAAAAAGUCCAUUCGAGUCCAAGGAACACCAAUAAAGGGUUCUGUUGAUCGGAUCUCACUCACUUGACAUUCCUACCUCAAACCUCGUGUACAUCUCGGGCCUUUCACAUCCCUGUGUUCAAUCUUGAACAUGCCUGAAGGAAGUCGAACACGCGCGAUCUUCUCGCUGGUCCGCAACCUAUUUCUAGCCCUCAUCCUCUACAUCUCAAUCUAUGCCACCAUCCAACUAGCACAGGAUCCUUCGGCCAGAGAGAAGGCUCGCCAAAAAGUCACACUUCUCGCAGACGCCGGCUCAGUGAAGCAAACAACGGCUGGAGCAGUUCAAAUAAAGGUUGCUAGCACAUCUCGAACAGUCACCAUCAACCCACAUGCCAAUGUCUUCAAUCGUCCCUCGAGUGCUGUCGUCCCGCGCGAUGACUUUUUUGGCACAAGACCUCACGUCGACACCGAAGCCGAUAUCCAAAUGAUUGUAGAGGAGUGCCGAGGGUCUUACGACGGGCUUGAGAAGAUGCGCGAUGUCUUUGGCUGCCUUGAGUUUCUGUCAAAGAAAGAGGAGAGAUAUUACCUUCUACCGGAACAGGUCGACCGCGCAAGUGAACAAGAUCCGAGAAAGGCAGAAUAUCUGGAUGCGGAUGGACAUGGCAACACUCUGAAGCGCUAUGUCUCGCCUGGAGACGCAAAACUUCCAUCCAAAUCAAACACCGGAACUUGCUCUGGCCCUAUCAUCCCUUACCACGUCUACUGGGCGGGUCCCGCGACGUGGAGGCUAGAAGUAUUUGUCAAAUCUUACUUCUACACUCAGAACAUCCCUUGCAGUCGACUCUGGCUUUGGGCUGAUACCGAUCGCGCUCCUGACGCUGUCGAGAGAAUGCUGACCAAGGAUCCUCUGUUUGCACGCUUCCUGCCUCUGGUCGAGAGAGGAGACAUCAAAGUUCUGCCCUGGAAGUUCCCCACCAGAAUGCCCCUGCCCAAGGAAUUCGACAACACUGACGGAGUAGGCUACUACAAGACCAAAGGCAAGCCAAACGCCAGAGGCGAAAUGGCAAUCGCAGAUGGCUUGAUCGAGGAUCAUCAUGGUCAACAGUGGGUAACCCUUACACCCAAACAGAUGACCUUCUUCCCCCAAGCAAUUUCGGACACCGUCCGAUUCAUAAUCCUACAUCAACACGGCGGCGUAUACCUCGACAUGGACGCCCUUAUGCUCCGCGAUCUGCGCCCAUUGCUCAUCCCGCAAAAGCACGCAUUCGCCGAACGCUGGGGCGCUCACAACAAUCCCGGAGAAUACAACACAGCCAUCAUGUCUUUAACCGCAAACUCUUCUCUCUCCAGCUAUCUGCUUCGAGGAGGUGUGCGUAUGGGCCUGAACUUCCAUCCUCGGGUCAUGGGACGUAUGAUCUGGAAAGAAGGCCGUGAUCUUGAAUUCCCUAUGCUUGAGACCGCGGCUUUCGACCCCAUCUGGACUGAAUUUAACUGGGAUCGGGAGGGCAGAUGUACAGUUCCUUGUCUAAGAGACUACGGUGCUGUGUUCAAAGGCAAGCUCAACGCCCUUAAGGAUGAGUGGGAGAGCUUCGACGGCCCACAGCUGGCCCGCUUGGACUUCAACACUACAUCCGAGCAGCAUCAGCUGCAAUCUGCCAAAUUCAAAAGAUCAGUGCAGCCAGCUCUCGACUCCGAGCAUGUCUCUAUCACACCAAUGUCAGGACCCAUGGACAGUUUCACCACCACCAACUCCGAAAUCACCGCUCUACGCAACGCAGGUGCUAUCCUUCCCUACCGCAUCGAACAAGAUAAAUUCCCACCCAACAACCGCACGCUCGAGAACUUCUUCCGCGGCGCCUGGACAUAUCAUAUCCAUAAUCAAUGGCUCAAAGAGCCGGAACCUAACAGUUGGUUGCACGUGUUGCAGUCCGCACACGACGGCUUUUUCGAUGGGAGCAGGGUAAAUCCAUACGGAGAGAAAUGGACUGGGCCAGGGGUUCAGGGGUAUAACCUGUGGAGUGAUAUGGUAUGAAGUGGUGCUAGCACUCUUUGGUGGUGAGGGGGAGGGGGGGUUGUUGCUGUCUUGUAUCAGUGGUGCUUUUCUCUUCUGGCGUGGCGUUGGAGGUGC